AUGUAGACACAUCUAAGGAGUCGGUACGAAGGAUUUUGAGAGCUACGAGUUACCCGUAUAAGCCGACAAAGGUCCAAAAGAUAAUAGCGGGUGAUUUUCCAAGGCGGAGAGAAUUCUCUGAAUGGGGUUUGCGACAGUUAGCAAGAGACCCACAUUUCUUCCGCAGAGUCUGUUUGUCAGAUGAGUCCAUUUUUACGAACAACGGGCUCAUCAAUAAACAGACAACGAGAAUGUGGGCCGAAGAAAACCCCCAUUGGUUCAUAGAGAACGAUAGGCAACACAGGUGGAAGGUGAACCUCUGGGUCGGGAUUGUCGGAGAUCGAAUUGUCGGCCCUAUUUUUUACGAUCGAAAUUUGACAGCCAGGAGAUACCGAAACCUUUUGAGGAGUAUAAGGCGCCGAUUAAAUAAUAAUCCAGUUGCUCUUAAUAGAAUGUGGUGGCAAAUGGAUGGAGCUCCAGCUCAUAAUGCUGCCAUGAUCGCUGACCAUUUAGAUGAAUUAUUCCCAGAAAGGUGGAUUGGAUUGAACUCACCACAUGUUAGAUUUCCACCGCGUUCUCCUGACUUGACAAUAAUGGAUUAUUACCUUUUCGGUAAUUUAAAGAGAAUCUGCUACGCGGAGCCAACUACAACGGCAGAUAACAUGAAACAACGCAUACGAGAUGCAUGCGCUGCAAUUCGUCCUGGCGAAUUAAGAAGAGCACGAUUGCAAUUGCGCCAAAGAUUUCGCAUGUGCAUUGAACGAGGGGGUGGCCAUUUUCAGCAAUGAAUAAAAUAUAGAAAUGCUUAAUCAAGGUCUCUACUGAGGUAGUCACCGAUCAUGCAGUGAAAUAAAUCCACUGCAUUGAAACCGACAUCAGCGUGGGUGUAAUAUAGAAUUUUUUCCUCGCUUGCAAAAAUUGAAUUUCGGGCGUAAGAAAUUGGUAUUUGGUUACCACGGUUACUGCAUGCCCUUAAACUGCCUAUGAAGUUGUCGAAGCCAUUUUUUGUAUUGUUGUAAAGUAUUUACGUAGUUUUAAGUAUUGUACUUGGUUUAAGCACUCAUUUGCUUAACACUGCCGAAUAUAUUGUAAUAUUCAAAUGUAUUGUAAAAUAUAGUGUACUGUACAAUAAAUUUCUUGAAU